AGCUUCCAUCUCUUUCCAGAAGAUUGCAAAACAACUCCAGCAAACUGAAUCAAAGAAGUCUAGUUUUUGCUGAUUUGUUGCAGUGGCCUCUGAAAAGAAUUCUAACUCUAGGAGUGUCAGGAGAAGUUGACUGUGGCUCCAGCCCUGUUAUUUGAGAUGCUGGCAAGUGGAAGGGAAGCAUCAAUCAAAUCAUUACCCAGCAUCCCCAUGGCAACAGCAGCAGCUGGUCCCUAGAUAAGAGGAGCUGGAGCUGAGCUGGGCAGCAGCAGCCACUGCACAGAGAAUCAGCCCAGCCUCUACAAGCAAGCUCUGCCUCCGGGCUCUGACCCAUCGCAGUGUCUGCGCCGACCGUGCUGGAGAAGAAAUACACACACCCUCUCUCUUUCAAUGAUGUCUACUGAGCAAAUGCAGUCCCCGGAGCUGUCAGAAGACAGACUGGACAAGCUAGACCCUCGCUGCAGCCACUUGGAUGAUCUUCCCGAUCAGUUCAUUAAGGGCUGUGAUCUCAAAAAGAAGCCACGAAAGGGAAAAAAUAUGCAGGCCACCCUUACAGUGGAGUCAGACCAGAAGAAACCAAGGAGGAAAGACACACCUGCACUGCACAUCCCGCCUUUUAUCCCAGGUGUGAUUUCAGAACAUUUAAUUAAAAGAUAUGAUAUUCAAGAGAGACAUCCAAAGAGCAAAAUGAGCCCAGCUCUUCAUAACACUGACCUGGAACAGAAAAGGCCAAGGAGAAAAGACACACCUGCCCUGCAUGUGCCCCCCUUCACAGCAGAUGUAACACUGCUCAGGGACGAGAGACCCAAAGUGAUCAUGGAAGACGAUGAAAAGGAUGGUGACAAGAUAGCUGUUUAAAGCCAUCUCCCCUGAGAUCACUUGUAAAUAGGUUAGAUUGGUUCCCUAUGGUGACCUAGAGAAAAAAUAGACUUGUUUCUGCUCUGAUUUCAUCCUAGUCUGACUCAGAUCUAGACACCUCUUCCCCAGGAGACACAGUAUACCAGAUUGCCAGUCACCUCUUUGUCUUUUUUUUCCUUGAGUGUGGUUUCUAGUCCCACUUUCUGAAUUCUUCAGUGGAAUGGAAAAGAAAUAGAUCAUUCCAAAGUAGCAGGUAACAGGAAAGCUUUGGUAUUCACUAUUCAUUUUCUGCCUCUUCUGGAUCAAUUAAUGGAGCAAAAAACAUAGGAAACCUUUACCCUGCUUUAUCUGCUGGGCAGAACUUAGUUUAACAUCAUCCAAACACCAAUCCAAGCUGGAGCUCUGUCUUGCCAGUUAGAGAGGCACAAUCACUUGUGUUCUAACUCUCUGAUUGUUUUUGGAAAUGUGAUCUUUUAUUUCUCCUGUCUUCCCUUAAGAAUCCAUUCUGGUGAUAUUCCUAAAAUCUUUGUGGCUGAUACUAUAAAGCUGAAUUUAUAAGCUGGGGGAGUCAACUCAGUCUAUCAUACCAUUACUGAAAAUACCAGAAACAGAGAAUGCUGGUAUCCAAGAGGUUCACAAUAUCUCUUCACAUUUACUUUUACUCAUACAAACAACAGUUCUUAACCAUAUUACCCUGACAUUUAUGAAUUGUAUCACAAAUGAGUCAUUACUAAUGAUAGGUAAAAUACUAAUGUUUGUGAUUAAUUUACUUUUUAAAAAAACUAAGCCCAACUUAAGGCCAUUCUGAUACUUUUGGCAUCUGAUUUAUUGAGACUCCAACCAUCUUUCUUAGAAGGAGGGGGAAGUGAAAUGUUACCUAAUGAGCAGACAUCUGUAUUUAAUUCCUGUCCCAGUUUGCAAUCUGUGGGAGCCUGGGGUGGGAAUGGGGGUUUGUAUGUAGACCUCAUCCAUCAGGCAGUAGAUAGGAAGAAAGGUGAGAACUACUAUUAAAAGGAAGAAAAGUAGAUGUUCAAGUAAUCAUACUGAAGAGUGAUAAUACACAGUUUAUCUCUAUAUGCCCUGUUUCCAAUCAUUUAUUAAUCCUUUUGUCCCUCUGUGACCUUCACAAACAUGGAAAAGAUGAAAGAUUCUGCUGGAAAUAAAAGUCCUUCUAUCAACCUCUA